AUGUGGAUCCAAGUCCGCACCAUAGACGGCACUGAGACCCAGACCAUCGACGACCUGAGCCGCCUUACCAAGAUCGAGUGCCUACGGGAGAAGAUCCAGGAGACGUUCCGCGUGAGCCCCGGCCGCCAGCGCCUUUUUUACCGGGGCAAACAGCUAGAAGAUGGGCACACUUUAUUUGACUACAACGUUGGACUAAAUGACAUAGUUCAGCUUUUGAUACGUUCUGAAUCUGAAGCUCCUACCACUGCUUCUGUGACAGAUCAGGAUGGAGAAGAUAAUCACUGUGCUGUUUCCAACUGCAAGAACAAAGUCAAAAAAACAAAUAAUGGAUCACCCAGUCAGCCAUCUACAUCAUCUCGCUCAUUUCUCAUUGAUCCUGGCAUUGGAUUGUACAAGAUAAACGAAUUGGUGGAUGCCCGUGAUGUCAGCAUUGGAGCAUGGUUUGAAGCUCAUAUAGAAAAUGUUACCCGAGCAACAACAGGACAAAAGAAUGGUAAAGCUCAAGGAAAGAGUGGUAACACUUACAAAAGGACUAAUGGAAAUUUAAGUCAAGAUCGUUCCAGAGAAAACGCACGUAAUUUGGACAGUACACCUUCCACAUCUUACUCAGACUGUAUGGACACUGAUGAAGAAGCUAUUUAUCAUAUCAAGUAUGAUGAGUACCCAGAGAAUGGCAUUAUAGAAAUGGAGACCAGGAAUCUUCGACCACGAGCAAGAACCAUUCUGAAGUGGAGUGAACUAAAAGUGGGUGAUGUGGUGAUGGUUAACUACAACGUUGAGACACCAGAAGAAAGAGGAUUUUGGUUUGAUGCAGAAAUUACCUCUUUGAGAGAAAUCUCAAGGACUAACAAAGAGGUUCAUGCUAAAAUACUGCUGGGAGGCCCAGAAGACACAAUAAAUGAUUGUAAAAUCCUUUUUAUAGAGGAAAUGUACAAGAUCGAAAAGCCAGGAGCCUAUCCAUUGACAUUUGGAGAUGGAGAUUUCAAAAGAAAAAGUGGUCCUGAAUGCAAGCACUGUAGGGCUGAUCCAGAUAAGGAAUGCCGUUUUUGUUCGUGUUAUUUGUGUGGUGGAAAACAGGAUGCUCACAUGCAACUUCUGUGUGAUGAAUGUAAUAUGGCUUAUCAUAUAUACUGCCUGAACCCUCCCUUGAGCAAGAUACCAGAAGAUGAGGACUGGUAUUGUCCUUCCUGCAAAAAUGAUUCUAAUGAAGUUGUAAAGGCUGGAGAAAAGCUCAAACAGAGUAAAAAGAAAGCAAAGAUGCCAUCUGCCAGUACUGAAAGCCAGAGAGACUGGGGCAAGGGCAUGGCCUGUGUUGGUCGUACUAAGGAGUGCACUAUUGUUCCUUCAAAUCAUUAUGGACCUAUACCUGGUGUUCCUGUUGGUACAACCUGGAAAUUCAGAGUCCAGGUGAGCGAAGCAGGUGUUCACAGACCACAUGUGGGUGGAAUUCAUGGGCGCAGUAAUGAUGGAGCUUAUUCACUUGUACUAGCUGGAGGAUUUGAAGAUGAAGUGGAUCGAGGAGAUGAAUUCACCUACACUGGGAGUGGAGGUAGAGAUCUUUCUGGUAAUAAGAGGAUUGGAGAACAUUCAUUUGAUCAGACAUUGACACACAUGAAUAGGGCACUGGCCCUCAACUGUGAUGCCCCACUGGAUGACAAAAAUGGAGCAGAGUCUAAAAACUGGAGAGCUGGUAAGCCAGUCAGAGUGGUGCGCAGUUCAAAAGGACGGCGAAUCAGCAAAUAUGCUCCAGAGGAAGGCAACAGAUAUGAUGGCAUUUACAAGGUGGUGAAGUAUUGGCCAGAAAUUGGAAAAUGUGGAUUUUUAGUUUGGCGAUAUCUUCUGAGGAGAGAUGACAUUGAGCCUGCACCUUGGACUUCAGAAGGGAUGGAGCGUACAAAGAAACUGGGUCUGAGCGUACAGUAUCCAGAAGGUUAUUUGGAAGCCAUGGCUAGUAAGGAGAAGAAAGAUAAGGUUAAAAAGCAAACUGUGAGACAGGAGCCAACCAACCAGAGUAAUGGAAACCAGAAGAGGACAUUUGAUGAUGCAGGUAUAAAGGAACCUACGAGUACACCCAAAGCCAUGAGGAUGGGAGAUGGAGGGAAAGGAGAAGCUUUCCAGCUGACCCAAGAGCAGCAAUGGCUGAUAAGAGAAGACUGUAUGAACCAGAAACUGUGGGAUGAAGUACUUGCUUCUCUUAAGGAAGGACCAAAUUUUCUGAAAAAGCUGGAACAAUCCUUCAUGUGUGUCUGCUGCCAGGAGCUGGUUUACCAGCCGGUGACAACAGAGUGCCUGCACAACGUCUGUAAAAGUUGCUUACAGCGCUCCUUCAGAGCUGAAGUCUUCACCUGCCCUGCCUGCCGCUAUGACCUGGGAAAGGGCUACACCAUGGUUCCCAACAAGAUACUGCAGACACUACUGGACCAGUUCUUCCCUGGUUACAGUAAAGGACGAUGA